AUUGGAGCAGCACCUUGUCUGGGUCAGUCCGACAGUCACACACAGAAACAUUAUUUCCCCCAAAUCUUUUCCCUCUCCUUUCCAUCUUCCAAUGGCACCGUCAAAGGGAGAAGAAGAAGCUUUGCGCCUCAAGGGUUUAGCAGAAUCCAAGCUCCAAACCUCAAACAACCCCAAAUCAGCUCUCAAAUACGCCAAGCGGGCCCAGCGUCUCUUCCCUGAACUCGAAGGCAUAUCGGAGAUGGUAACCUCUCUCACCAUCCUCUCCGCCACCGAUUGGUACACAGUCCUCGGCGUAGAGCCUUUCGCCAAUUCCAACGCCGUUCGGAAGCAGUACAAGAAGCUCUCCCUGCUCCUUCACCCCGACAAGAACAACACCCACGUGGCGGCGGCCUCUGAAGAAGCCUUCAAGCUCGUCGGCGAGGCAUUCCGCGUGCUCUCUGACAGUGCACUCAAGAAGGGCUAUGAUGCUGAGCUUCGGAAGAAGGAGGCUCCGACUUUCUGGACCGCGUGCUCCGCUUGCAGGCUGUUGCACCAGUUUGAGAGGAGGUAUGUGGGUCAUAGCCUUGUGUGUCCUAAUUGUAACAAGAGUUUUGAGGCUGUGGAAGCGGUUCUGAGUGAUGGGUCUUCUGAUGAGGGUGAGAAGGUGGGGGUGAGGAGGAAUGAGAAGAGGGAGGUGGUGCUUGGGGUUGCGGCACCGAAUGGGGUGAAAGGGAAAGUGGGUGGUGAAAAGGGCUUGAAGGGUAAAGUUGGAGAUGGUGAUGGUGUGGGAGAUGUUGGUGGUGGUGGUUCGAAGAAGAGAAUGCGUUCGGUUGGGGAUGUGUUGGAGAGGUCAAAGCCUAAGGGGAUUAUAACUGGGGAGGAAACGAUGACAUUGGCUGAGUUUCAGUCUCAAGUGAAGAGGAAGGUACAGCAAGAGAAGGUGAAGGAUAAGGAGGAGGAAUGGGGCAGAACUGAUAAGAGGAGCUCGAGGAAGAGAGUGGAAAAUAAGAGGGGUUUAGAGAUUGGUGAAGUGAGGACUUUGAAGCUUCCAAUCAAGGAGAAUGCUGUGAAGAGCAAGAGGGGUUCAGAGGUUGGGGAAGAGAGGAGUUUGAAGAAGAAUGUGAAGCUGGCAAUCAAGGAAAAGCCUGAGGCUUCUGGGAAGAGAAAGAGAUUGGAGCUUGAGGAGUGUGGGGAUGCUAAUGGAGGAGAGUUGGAGGUUAUGGCUGUAGUGGAUUCGGAUUUUUAUGAUUUUGACAAAGAUAGAGUGGAGAGGAGCUUUAAGAAAGGCCAAGUGUGGGCGGCGUAUGAUGAUGAUGAUGGAAUGCCCAGGCAUUAUGCCUUGAUUGAUGAAACUGUUUCAGCAAAUCCUUUUGAAGUGAGGAUAAGUUGGUUGGAUCUACAGAGUAAUGCGGAUGGAAAGAUAGUCAGCAGGGAGAAAAUGGGGUUUCACAUACCUUGUGGCAGAUUUAAAGUUGCCAGGAAGGAUUCCAUUAAUUCAGUAAAUAUCUUUUCUCAUGUUGUAGACUGUGACCGGGUAGCACGUGAGGUUUAUAAAAUUUAUCCCAGGAAGGGCUCUGUAUGGGCACUAUACGGUGAGGCAACUCUUGAUGCAGAUGGAAGACAUUUUGCAGAUGAGGGCAAGAGAUGCAAUGACAUUGUUGUAUUUUUGACAAAUUACAAUGAGAUGAAUGGUCUGAGCAUGGCAUAUCUUGAGAAGGUUGAUGGUUACAAGACAGUUUUUAAGAGACAAGAUACGGGGAGUCAUGCCAUUAGAUUUCUUGGUAAGGACAACAUGUGGUUAAUUUCUCAUCAGAUUCCCGCACGGAAAUCUCCUUGCAUUGAUGAGACUCCUGAACUCUUGGAAGACUGUUGGGAACUUGAUCCUGCUUCACUUCCUUCAUAUUUACUUACUAUCGGUGGCAUAGAUAAUUGAGGUUAGGAAAUCUUUUUCGUGAUGAGAUUCUGAGUUCCUUCAUAUAUACUUAAUAUUCGGUGGCUUAGAAAAAUCAGUAAAUGAGAACUAUUGUCCCGUAGAGAAAAUGAUCUUAUGAAACCCAACUGCUUUGUAAAUUUUGACUUUGUUAAAUUUGCAUAUUAAGGAAGAUGUACAUGAAUCAUCGUAUUCUGCUUUGAUCAAGUGUGCAUUUUUAUCUAUUUAUAUAACUCCACAAUGUAGUA